GCUAGCUGCGCGUGUCCACUUUCGCCUUAUCUGUUAAUAACUUUAAAUUAAUAGUACAAUAUAUGUACACAAUGGAUAAUCAAAAUAAUAACUACCCUUGGGAAAUAAAGGACGUGGAACCGCAAUUGGCUGAGGAGUUAAUGUCAUUUUUUACAGGCGAACUCACCGGUUUCGUCCAGGUGGGACCGAAGAAGUACUUCCUACCCCACAAGUUUCGACAGGAGGCUUCCAAUAUCUACAACAUGCCUUUAAGAUCUAACGACAUUUUUGUCGCCAGUUACCCAAGAUCAGGCACAACAUGGACACAAGAAUUAGUUUGGAUGGUAGCAAACGACUUGGAUUAUGAGAAAUCAGACGCGAUUCCACUAACGGAGAGAUAUCCUUUUUUAGAGUUCUCAGUAUACGUCCAUCCACUUAUGAAACAAAGGUUUAUAGAGGAAAACAAACACAGCGAGCACAAAUUAAAACUUCUCGAACUAGUUACGGGACCGGGUACUCAACAACUGGCAAGGAUACGGUCACAGCGGUUCAUAAAAACGCAUUUGCCAAUGUCCUUGUUGCCACCCAAGGUGCUAGAAACUUCCAGAGUAGUCUACGUAGCUCGAGACCCUAGAGAUGUUGUUGUAUCCUUUUAUCAUUUGAAUAGACUAAUAAGAACGCAAGGAUAUGUUGGCGACUUCAAAACGUAUUGGAACUACUUCAUUAGAGAUUUACAUCACUGGACACCGUAUUUCGAACACUUGAAAGAAGCUUGGGAAAAGCGAAAUCAUCCGCGGCUGCUUUUCUUGUUCUACGAGGAAUUAUGUAAGGAUCUUCCAGCGGCAAUUCGUCGCGUAGCAGCGUUCCUAGGCAAGGAUUUCUCCGAAGAUGAAAUAGCCAAACUGCGUGAUCAUCUCAGCAUCGACAAUUUCAAGAAAAAUAAAUCCGUCAACUACGACGUCAUGAAGGAGCUUGGCAUUCUGAUACCUGGGGAGCAAGGGUUUAUUAGGAAAGGUAAAGCAGGUGGAUGGCGCGACUAUUUCGACGAAGAGAUGACGGCGCAGGCUGACCGCUGGAUCGCUGACAACUUGCGGAAUACAGAUUUCAGAUUCCCACAUUUAGUUUAAUUUAAUUUAGAUUAAUUCACUCAUUAAGGCGUACCUUAUUCCAGCGUGACCGUAAUCGAGUUUUAAAUUUUGACUAGUCAGGUAAUAAGCAUGAAUUAGUCGGUUCAAGUGGAAAAAAACUAAAAAACCGGUCCGCCAUUUCAAAGUUACAAGAUGUUGUACAGGAGCUCUAAUAGUCAGGGCACGAAAACGUUUCUUAUAUAUAUUAAAUGGAACUUGAGUACUUUGUGCCAAUAUCAAAGUAAAACGUUAGGAAACCUUUUAUAAGAAUCUGUUACGAUAUUUUAUGUUAUCCCGGAUUGUUUUUUUUAUUCAAGGUAAGUCAGUAAUUAAUAACUUGAUUCAAUAUAAAAUUAGUUUAUUAAGCAAUAAUAAACCAGAAGGAUUUACUUUCUUUUUACUUACAUAAACUACUUACAUAAG